AUGGCAGAGGCCAGUAUUUCAGUAGAUCACGAUCAGUUCAGCUGUCCAGUCUGUCUGGAUCUGCUGAAGGAUCCAGUGGCUGUUCCCUGUGGACACAGUUUCUGUAUGGUGUGUAUUAAUGGCUGCUGGGAUCAGGAGGAUCAGAGGGGGAUCUACAGCUGCCCCCAGUGCAGAGAGACCUUCACUCCAAGGCCUGUUCUACGCAGAAACAACAUGCUGGCUGAAGUGGUGGAGAAACUGAAGAAGAACACAGAACUCCAAGCUGCUUCUCCUGCUCCCCGUUACGCUGGAGCUGGAGAUGUGGAGUGUGAUUUCUGCACCGGGAGAAAACUCAGAGCCAUCAAGUCCUGUCUGAUGUGUCUGGCCUCCUUUUGUGAAGCUCAUCUUAAACCUCACUAUGAAGUUCCUGGAUUGAAGAAACACAAGCUGGUUAAAGCGUCCACCCAGCUCCAAGAGAAGAUCUGCUCUCAGCAUGACAGACUGAUCGAGAUCUACUGUCGUACUGAUCAGAGAUCUAUCUGUUAUUUAUGUACAAUGGAUAAACACAAGGGUCAUGAUACAGUUCCUGCUACAACAGAAAGAACUGAGAAACAGAAUCAGCUGAAAGAGAUGCAGAAGAAACUCCAGCAGAGAAUCCAGGAGAAGCAGAAGAAGCUGCAGGAGCUGAAACUGACUGUAAACACUCUUAAGCGCUCUGCACAGGCAGCAGUGGAGGACAGUGAGAGGAUCUUUACUGAGCUGAUCCGCUCCAUUGAGAAAAAGCGCUCUGAGGUAACAGAGCUGAUCAGAGAUCAGGAGAAGGCUGAACUGAGUGGAGCUGAAGAACUCCUGGAGAAACUGCAGCAGGAGAUGGCUGAUCUAAAGAGGAGACACACUGAGCUGGAGCAGCUUUCACACACAGAGGAUCACAUCCAUUUCCUCCAGAGUUUCCAGUCUCUCUGUGUCUCUUCUGGAUCUGAGGACUCUCCCAGCAUCACUGUCCAUCAACAUCCCUCAUUUGAUGGAGUGAGGAAAUCUCUCUCUGAGCUGAAAGAGCGACUAGAGGAAUUCUGCAGAGAGGAAUUCAGGAAAAUCCCUCCACAUGCUGCAGCAGUCCAGAUUUUACCCUCAGAACCAAAAACCAGAGAAGACUUUCUGCAGUAUUUCUGUCGGCUGACUCUGGAUCCAAACACAGCUUAUAAUCGCCUCAUUCUGUCUGAGGAGAACAGAGUGGUGAAGAGGAGUAAUAAAGUUCAGUUAUACUCUGAUCAUCCAGAGAGAUUUGAUGGCCAGUAUCAGGUGUUGAGUAAGGAGAGUGUGUGUGGACGCUGUUACUGGGAGGUUGAGUGGAGUGGAGGGUAUGUGAACAUCUCAGUCUCAUAUAAAGAGAUCAGUAGGAAAGGACGGGGUAAUGAUUGUUCGUUUGGAGGUAACAUUCAGUCCUGGAGUCUGGUGUGUUCUUCCUCUCUCUCUUUUUACCACAACAACAUUCAGACUGUUCUCUCAGCUCCUCCAUCCUCCAGAAUAGGAGUGUAUGUGGAUCACAGUGCAGGAACUCUGUCCUUCUACAACGUCUCUGAUACAAUGACCCUCCUACACACACUCCACACCACAUUCACUCAGCCCCUCUACGCUGGAUUCUUUGUUUAUGGUAGUGAAUCAUCUGUGAGAUUAUGUGAUAAAAACUGAUCAUCUAUUAAAUUGUGGUCACUUUAUAAGUAGAUGUAUAAAUUAACUCUCACUGAUUUAUUAAUGAUCCAUGUUUUUAUAAAGAUCAUUUCCAGACUGUGUGAAAGUGAACACUGGUGAUGGUGGGAGGAGUUAAAGGUGAGAGUGAGAGUUCAGCUCAGUGUUAGAGCUGCUCUUCAGUAUAGAAGUGUGGAAUAUGAGGAGAUUUUAUUACUAUAUAAAGAUAAAGAACAGUUAGUGAAUUAUAUGUAGAUUCAUAUAUAAAUACAUAUAUUGUUUAUUCUCGAAUGAUUUAAACACACUGCUGCAGAUUCACGUUUUGAUUUUAUGUGAUCAUCAAAAUAUUGUGUUAAAAUAUUUACAGUAAUAUGCAGAUUAGACUAUAAGCUUCAUUAAGAGAAGAAUGAAACUUAAAAUUGAAUUUCUAUUCUGAAUAUGUAUCAGAAAAUACAUGAUGUUAUGAUUCCUGAUAUUAAUAUUGAUUUAUUGUGUUUGACUAUUGAUAAUAAAGCUUUAGAUGAGAA